AUGCCCACGAUGAUCAAAAAAGAUGAUAAAACAAUGGACCCCCCUAAUGAAAAGCCACAUAAGAAGAUCGAGAGGGAUGAUAUCCCAGAGUCUUCCAACCAUAUCCCCCCUCCAGAAGCUAGUGUGUUAAGGGGUGGUAAGAUUAAUUCAAAAACCAGAGCCAUGAAGGCUGUUACAAGUAUCAUAGUAAACACCGAUGAGAAGCCCCAAAAGUCGAGCAAUAAAGUCGAUGGAGCCGAAAAGCCGGAGACAGGGCAUUGGAGCAGUAACAUAGGCAAAUUUGAGUACAUUUUUUACAAGUUUUUGCUUGUGAUGCUAUACAUCUGUUUUGGGUUGUUCCGAUACGGCCAAUACCAAUAUAAUAAGAUGAAAUUAAGGAUCUUCAGUAUUAUCUACAAUCAUGCGUACACGCCGCAAUUGAUUAGACAGGACGUUGUGUCUUUGAAAAAAAUUCCUAAAAGGUUAGCUGCCAUCUUGGAAAUCAAGCCCGUUGGUGAUGUUGGUGGUGGUGUUACAGGUUUAUUAAAUGAUGCGAGUGAAAUUGUUUGUUGGACCGUAUCAGCCGGCAUAAAACAUUUGGUAUUAUAUGACUAUGACGGAUUAUUACAAAGAAAUGUUCCAGAAUUGAGGAAGGAGAUUCACUCGAACUUAGCUAAAUACUUUGGACCAUCUCAUGUCCCAAACUAUGCUGUUAAAAUACCUCACUCCAACAAGACAUUUUAUAACUUGGAUGGAAUUGAAUCCGAAACUGACAGUGGUGAGGUAGUAAACGGCAACGAUGAAGGAAGCGGAAUCGCUAUUGAAGUGUCUUUGCUGUCCAACAGAGAUGGUAGAGAGACGAUUGUUGAUUUAACCAAGACCAUGGCUGAGUUAUGCUCGGUCAACGAAUUAAGCGUUUCUGACAUUACCAUGGACUUAGUUGACUCGGAGCUAAAACAGCUAGUGGGACCUGAACCAGAUUUAUUGUUGUAUUUUGGGCCUUCGUUGGAUCUACAAGGGUUCCCACCUUGGCAUAUCAGAUUAACCGAAUUUUAUUGGGAAAAGGAUAACAACGAGGUCAUAUACUCCGUUUUCAUUCGCGGGUUAAGACAGUACGCAGGGUGUAAAGUGAACGUUGGCAAAUGA